AUGCUGGUGGUCCGCACUGAUGAGCGCCAGUGUCAACUGCCAGCCCUCAGGAUGGAGGCCUUUGAGAGAAGGGGAGACAUCCUCAUCGGGGGGCUUUUCCCGCUCCAUCACCAAACAUCAAGCGAUGCUGUGGCCAUCACCUUCACAAUACCGCCUAAUCCCACAUACUGCCACAUGUCAAUGCGGCGCCAGCAGCCCCUCCCAAAGGAUACUGCUGGAACUGUCAAUGGAAGACAUCCCUCGAGGUAAAUCUGGGGUGUUUGGGCUGCUUUGGAGCAGGGUGGGCGGACAAUUCUCCUUUUCUCUUCUGCCUAAGGAGGGCUUGUCCACUCACACAAGCAUGCACAUCACCUGGGGCCUCUCUGACCAAACCUGUGAUGGUGUAGCUGUUAUGUGUGGGACUAGGACCUGGGAGAGACUUGGGUUCGAAUUUGAGGCCUCACCAGACUGGCAAUUCAUUGGGGGCGUGUUCUGUGACAUGUUCUUGACCUCAUAAUAAUGCAUUAGCAGUGAUUUAGCGGCCUUCACCAGACUCUUUUCGGCGACUGUUGAAAUUUUACAAGCCUACCCAGAUAUUUAAAAUGCUGGUUUCUUUUUCUUUUCUUUUUUGUAAAACCAGAAAAAUCUGGAUUUAAUUGUUUUUACUAAUAACAGAAAACAAUAGAAAAUUGCUUCAGUUUAUUUUUUAAUAUAAUUUUAAUUAGGAGUGUGUGUGUGUGUGUGUGUGUGUUUAUACACUCGCCUCACACUCACUGGUAUCUGUGUUCGGUAGCUAGUAGCCACCAAUCAUCAGAACCCAUUGAAGACACAUUUAUUUACCAUUCAUGUCCAUUAGCUAUUGACUGAACAACAUCUGAGGCAGGUCUAUCUCAGUUGGCAGCCUGUGCAGUCCAAAGAUCAAUUCCUGCAUUCUGACUGGAAUCCCCUGCAUUUUCUCCUGCUUUUCCACAGCUUGGUGCUUUGGUUUUACAAGUUCAUCCAAACCAUGGUCUUUGCCAUCAAAGAGAUUAACCAGGAUUCAAGCCUAUUGCCCAACAUCACUCUUGGCUUCCACAUCUUCGAUUCUUGCCAGAUUCUUUCAAGAGCCCUUUUGGGUGCCACACAGUUUCUUGCGGGCGGUCAAAACGCCAUCCCCAACUUUCACUGCGGCCACACCCCGCCUCAAGCUGGUCUUAUAGGGGAGGCAGGCAUAACCGAGUCCAGGACGAUAGCUAGGUGGUUGGAUCUCUAUAAAUACCCUCAGGUAGGAGUGGUGUGGGGCUGUGAGUUCCUCUGAGGCAGGAACUGUCCUUUUGCACUUUGCAAAAUGCCAGAGCCCACAAGGAUAAAACCGAUUUCACACGAUAUCUGUGUGUUUCACAUAAGUUGUGGCAAAGGAGCAAAUAGCAUUGUGGGACUUUUAAAAGAGUAACCAAUUUUUUUGUGGCGUGUGCUUUUAUGGACUUAGAUGCACUGGAUGAAGUGAAUAACUUAACGCUUUAGACCGGCGUAGCCCAUGCAGAUGGGAGCCUAAUCUGUAAUGUGAAAGAUUUUCUGAGUUUGUUUCCAUGGAGUGUGGAUAACAACAACAACAACAACAACAACAAUAAUAAUUUAUUAUUUAUACCCUGCCCAUCUGGCUGAAUUUCCCCAGCCACUCUGGGCGGCUCCCAAUAAAUGUUAAAAACAGUACAGCAUUAAAUGUUAAAAACAUCCUUAAACAGGGCUUCCUUCAGAUAUCUUUUAAAGAUAGGAUAGCUGCUUAUUUCCUUCACAUCUGAAGGGAGGGUGUUCCACAGGGUGGGCGCCACUACCGAGAAGGCCCUCUGUAACCUUCUUGCAAUGAGGGAACCGUCAGAAGGCCCUCGGCACUGGAUCUCAGUGUCUGGGAUACAAGACUUAACACCUGUACAUGUAUUUGUUUUGGAAGACAGCACCUUAUGUUUGGUAACUGUUUUUAAAAAUUCACAAUGAGGUUUGUUUGUUUAAAAAGAAGAAGAAGAAGCAGAAGAAAUGGAUUUGAGCAGUCCAUCAAAGCUUUCGCUAUAAUAAAAUCGGUAGUCUUUUAAGGGUGUUGCAAUUUUGGCAGAUAGUUGUAGUUGCAUGGAAGGGCCAAUAGAGGGCAAUGUGGUUGCAUGGCUUGAGUGGGAGCAUUAUUGUACCUGUAUUUAUUAGCCUGUGGCUGGGAGCUGUUUACUGUGAAUUUAUUAUUUUCAUGAAAUAUGCCUUAUACGAUAAUACCCUGACUAGGCCUCAUGCUGUAUCUAGGUGCACCUACUUGCAUUACUGUCUCUCCCCGCACCCUUCCAACAAUUUUUGCAUCCUAGAGACUUUUCUGUUCUUCCAAGCGAUGUCAGUUCCAUUUUUAAAAAAAGUCUAAAUGAUACAGGUUUAUAGGUUUUUUGAAGUCUAAAUGAUAUUGGUUUAUAAGGUGGUGUGUUCAGUGAUUCUCUGGCUGAGCGCAAUGUCAGCGAAAAUAAAACGGCAGCAUUAAAGAAAGCCCCAUUGCCUCAGAUAUUCACAUACACGCAAGUCCCAAGGUUUGGAUAUCCGAAUCAGAUGUUCACGUACCAAGGUGAGGGUCAUAGCUGUCAACCGUCCCUUAUUUGGCGGGAAAGUCCCUUAUCCCAGCGCCGUGUCCCGCUGCUGUCCCUUAUUGAUGAUGUCCCUUAAAUUUCCCAGGUUUCAAAGGAAGCAGCUCCUCUCCCUCCCUCCCUGCCGGCCAGGGAGGAGGGAGGCUCCAACUGUGUUGCUUGGCUGCGUUGCUCACCCAAUAAGGAGUCUAAGAACGACUGGGGGGUGGAGCUUGCAUGCCUUGUGCCGAUCAAAUCAGCUGCGUUGCCUGGGGACUCGCCUUUGCUCAGCGCUUCCCAGCGGAGAGGUGACGGUGGUUUUCCUUGCUGCAUCCCCUCUGCCGGGUUGCUGCGCUGUGGGAACCACCGCUUGAGGCCUUGUUUGGCUGAUGGCUGGGCUUUCUGCCUUUGGCUCGGAGGGGCUCAGAAGUUGAACAUACCUGUGCCCAAAAAAAUCCCUUAUUUUGGCUGCUGAUCCCUUAUUUUCGAGGCUGCUGGUCCCUUAUUUUCAAAUCUGUAACUUGACAGUUAUGGUGAGGGUGCAAGUCCCUCAUUCAAAUAACCGAAGGUUCGUCUGACAAGUGUGUCUGCAUAGGGGGACCAGCGUGCAUUUUUGUUUAACAGACGGGCGGUUUUCUCCUCUUGCGCCCAGAUCAGUUACUUUGCCACGGGCCCGGUGGCCGACGACGGCUCUCAGUUCCGCUCUUUCUUCCGCACCGUCCCCAGCAACAGGCUGCAGGCCCUGGGCCUGGCUCGGUUGGUGACCCACUUUGCCUGGCUGUGGGUCGGCCUGCUCACGACGGACUCCGAAUACGGGAGGCAAGGCAUCGAGAUUGUGCAGGAGGAGAUUGUCCGGCAAGGGGCCUGCGUUGCCUUUUCGGAGCUGCUCGACAAACCGCCGGACGUGGGCAACGUCGAGAGAGUCGUCAGAAGGGUCGCAGGAUCCAAGAGCCAGGUCAUCGUCACCUUCUGUGGGUCUGAGGCUCAGCCUCUGCUUCUCCUGCUGCACAGCCAGGGGGUGACAGGGAAGGUUUGGCUCUGCUCCGAAGCCAUGAGCCACAUCACCUUCUACAGGAACCGGCAGGCCUUGCUGAUGCUCAGCGGUUCGCUGGCCAUCUCCCCUCGCAAACGGCCAGUCCCCGGCCUGAGGGACUUUGUAGUCCGGCUCCACCCUUCCACUUCUCCAGAAGACAUCUUCAUCCAGGAGUUCUGGGGCGAAGUCUUCCAUUGCUGGUGGGACGCGGGCUCUGAGGAGGGGGAAAACAACAGCAGCCAUUCCUGCACAGGGAAGGAGAACUUGGGGGAUGGCAGGAACUCCUUUGUCGGCAUGAUGGGGUUCGGCUUGUCCUUCAACGUCCACAACGCCGUCUAUGCCAUCGCCCAUGCCCUGCAAGACAUGGCGCAAGAGGAGCCAAGGGGACUGAAGAGGACCGAAGGCGGAGUUCCUGGGAUCGAGCCCUGGAAGGUAAUACAGUGGUACCUCGGGUUACAUACGCUUCAGGUUACAUACGCUUCAGGUUACAGACUCCGCUAACCCAGAAAUAGUACCUCAGGUUAAGAACUUUGCUUCAGGAUGAGAACAGAAAUCGUGCUCCGGCGGCGCGGUGGCAACAGGAGGCCCCAUUAGCUAAAGUGGUGCUUCAGGUUAAGAACAGUUUCAGGUUAAGUACGGACCUCCGGAACGAAUUAAGUACUUAACCUGAGGUACUACUGUACCAGCUGAAAGAAACGACAGGAGGAGCGCUCUUUUGCUGAGGUCCCGGCUAGAGAGUUUACAGCAGGAUCUGGCUGGCCACUGUGAGAACAGGAUCCUGAAAUAGAUAGCCCAUUGGUCUGAUCCAGCGGGCUCUUCUUAAUGUUCUUACAUUGAAAUGCUUUUGGGGGGUUUCCAGAAUGGGUGCAGCUUAAGGUGGCUGCCUCCAGAUGUUGUUCUUCUUUAUCAGAUUCUCCCCCCCCCACAAAAGAGCAGAGAGGGUUAAUAGCUGAAAAAGGAACUCAGAAUCCAGCAUAUGUUCUCCUUUUACAGAAGAGAUGUGGCGAGUCCUUCCUUUGUCCCUCUUAUGGGUUUUCAGCAACACCGUAAAUCCUUCCCGAGCACGAACAGGGCAGGAUGGAACGCACGGUGUGAAAUCUCCUCAUAACAGUGAAGAUACAGUGGUACCUCAGAUUAAGAACUUAAUUCGUUCCGGAAGUCUGUUCCAAAACCGAAGCGUUCCAAAACCAAGGCGCGCUUUCCCAUAGAAAGUAAUGCAAAAUGGAUUAAUCCGUUCAAGACUUUUAAAAGCAACCCUUAAGAAAGCAAUUUAACAUGAAUUUUACUAUCUAACAAGACCGUUGAUCCAUAAAAUGAAAGCAAUAAACAAUGUACUGCAGUCACACGAUCAAGCAAUCAGUAGCUGAAAAACAAACAAAAAAAGAGCCGCCAAAACAAAAACACAAAAUAAAUAGCAAAAACAGGCAGACCUCAGCGUAACACUCAAAACGGAAGUGUGGCACUCAAAUCGGAAGUGAAACACUCAAAACGGAGCACGUUUGGCUUCCGAAGAAAGUUCACAAACCAGAACACUUACUUCCGGGUUUGCAGCGUUCUGGUUCCAAGUUGUUCCAGUACCAAGGUGCUUGAGAACCAAGGUACCACUGUAUUCUGUUGCCAGUAACUAGCCACACGAUUUGGCCAGUUAACUAGUCUAGGGCAGCAUGUACAUACGAGCAGAAAGCCUAAUCUCUUCCCUUUAAAACUCAGGCGCCUGGAACCUUUGGCCUUCCAGACGUGGCUGAACUACAACUCCCAUCUGGUCCAGCAAGUGGUUUCUUGCAUGUCCUUAACUCAUACAAUGCGUAUUUACAUAGAGCACAAAACUGAUGCCUGCCCCUUUCCUCCCUGCCUUGCUUCCAGUUGCUUCACUACUUGAGGAAAGUCCGUUUCAAGAACAAGGUGGGCGAGGAAGUCUCCUUUGACCAGCACGGUGACCCCCCUGCCCUCUUUGAUGUCCUCAACACGCGCUACCCUUCCAUGAAGAAAUUCCAAGCUGUGCCAGUGGGGCAGAUUGCAUUCAGCCCCUCACAAGGCGAGGAACUGAAGGUGGACGACAGCGCCAUCAUGUGGGCAGGAGGGAAUACGCAGGUAGGACAGAUUUUAUCCUCCAAGGCAGGUGCGGGGGGGGGGGACAAUUUGCCCUCCAGAUGCUACUAAACUACAACUCCCCGGCCAUUGGCCAUGCUUGCUAAGGCUGAUGAGAGUUGUAGUUCAACAGCAUCUGGAGGAAGGACCAGAUGUUCACCAUUGUGAACUUGCAAUGUGAAAGGAACUGUGGAUAUAAACAGAAUUUUAUGGACAAAUAGAGGACAAUAUGAUAUGCAGUGGAAAACAGUUAUCGGCGGACUCCACAGAGGGGAGGAAGGAAGUCUGAGAAUUAAGAGAAUGCUACACUUUUUGGGGAUUCUAAUGUAUGUGUGAAUAUUAAAUUAAAUUGUAAAACUGAUUUUAAAUUUUUUUUUAAAAAAAAUGUUCACCAUUGCUCCUCAAAGGUGCCUCAGGUUACAUACACUUCAGAUUACAGACUCCGCUAACUCAAAAAUAGUGCUUCAGGUUAAGAACUUUGCUUCAGGAUGAGAACAGAAAUCGGGCUCCGGCGGCACGGCAGCAGCGAGAGGCCCCAUUAGCUAAAGUGGUGCUUCAGGUUAAGAAGAGUUUCAGGUUAAGAACAGACCUCCGGAACGAAUUAAGUACUUAACCUGAGGUACCACUGUAUCUAUCUUGCAUAUGUAGAUAUGCAGAGAAGGAGGUUGUUGUUGUUUUAAACCUCUUAUUCACUCUUCCCCAGGGGGUCAGUUCCUGUGUGAGGACUGGAUGUGGCAGGGCACAUGAGGGACAGGCUGUGGCUUAGUUGCAGAGCAUCUUCUUUGCAUGCAGAAAUCCCAGGUUCAAUUCCCGGCAUCUCCAGAUAGGCCUGUCCAAAAAGAGACACUGCCAGUCAGUGUAGACAAUACUGAAGUAGGUGGGCAUAUGGUUUGACUUAGUCAAGGCAGCUUCCCGUGUUUGUGUGCCCUGAGGUGCAUCCUGUGGUCAAGCCUGUCCAGGGAGAUUUCUUUAGAAUGCAGCUCCUAGGAAACGGAGGUCUUUGCUACAGCUGUCCUGUGCAGUACAGUGUAUGCUGCUCUUAAAAACAAAAAGAGAAAAAUAAAAAAGCAGAGAGGGUUGAGGAGGGUCCUGAGUUUUCUCACUCAGGGCCUCUGGGCAGCAUCCUGAUUUUGAUCUACAGGAUGCUGGAGGGUAUGUAUUUGGCUCCUUCACCAAACGUUCUCCACACCUGGGCAGGAGCAGCAGCCAUGGGCCCAGUUCCCACCUGGAGGCAACUGCAGACCCUCCAAGUGUCCCUUUCCCCCAGGGACACCCCUGAUUUAGAGAAACCAUCUCAGUUUCUGAUUGGCUCCCGGAAUGUCCCACUUUCCCUUUGGAUGUCCCUUGGUUUAUUGGAGAAAUGUUAGCGGGUAUGGCAAUCCUGAAUAGAGAAGUUCUUUUAAUUAUGUUUUUAUAUAUGUUGGAAGCUGCCCAGAGUGGCUGAGGCAACCCAGUAAGAUGUGUGGGGUAUAAAUAGCAAGAUAAAAAUUAUGGAAUGAGACGACACAUCCCUAUUUUCAUCGGAUAAAUGUUGGAGGGUUAUGCAACUGUUGCACAUCUCCAGGAGACUGGGGUGCCCCACUAGUGUUCUCUACUCUCGCCAAAACUACAGUUCCCAGGAUUCUUGGGUGGGGGGAACCAUGAUGCUUAAGCUGAUAACACCAUAGCUGUCAACUUACAGAUUUGAAAAUAAGGGAUCAGCAGCCAAAAUAAGGGAUUUUAGUCAACCAGCAGCCAAACGAAGCCUCAAGUCCUGGUUCCCAUAGCGCAGCAACCCGGCAAAGGAGAUGCAGGAAGGAAAACCACCAUCACCUCUCCGCUGGGAAGCGCUGAGCAAAGGCGAGUCCCCAGGCAAUGCGGCCGAUUUGAUCGGCACAGGGCAUGCAAGCUCCACCACCCCAGUCAUUCUUAGACUCCUUAUUGGGUGAGCAAUGCAGCCAAGCAACACAGUUGGAGCCUCCUUCCUCCUUGGCCGGCAGGGAGGGAGAGGAGCUGCUUCCUUUGAAACCUGGGAAAUUUAAGGGACAUCAUCAAUAAGGGACAGCAGCGGGACACGGCGCUGGGAUAAGGGGCUGUGCCGCCAAAUAAGGGACGCUUGACAGCUAUGGAUAACACACCAGUGUAAGCCUUUUUCAUAUAGAUGUGGUAUUUUAAAACAGAGUGUGCUUCGUCAUUCAUGGUCAUUUUAAUUGUCACAAUGCAGGUAAACAUUGGCUUUGCAAUGAGAAAUAUCAAGUCUGGCAAAUCUUCCUCUCCUCUCUUAUUUAGGUCCCUGUCUCAGUCUGUACACCGAGUUGCCCCAUGGGCCACCACAAAACCCAGCGCUUAGAUAUGGCUACUUGUUGCUUUGACUGUGUGCCGUGUGCAAGCGGUGAAAUUUCAAACCAGACCGGUGCGUGGAAUGCCCACUAUAGUCACUCUGUGAAAGAUUAUCUACGCUACAAAUAUCUGUCAGUUUUAUAUACCUAUUGUUGCUGUUUUGGCUGUCCCCCACGGCAUUUAGCUAGCAUUGCUAAUAGCUGGGGAUAGGUUGGUCCUCCAUAAACUCACCAAAUACUCUUUUAAAGCCAUCUUGGCAUCAAAUCACAUGUUGGAAGGAAGGAAGGAAGGAAGGAAGGAAGGAAGGAAGGAAGGAAGGUAGAUAGAUUGACAUAACACAUAGCUUGGCCCUAAACUAGGGGUUGUUCCCAUAUCUUGCAGCUGAGAAUUCCCAAAAUUAAUGACAUGUUCCAUCCCAUAAAGAAGUCUUUCUCUUUCGUCUGUGAUGAUUCUCCUGCCAGUCAAUUGCUCAGGGUCAACCCAAGUUUAGUAUUUUUGGGAGGGCGAUAUUUCUAACCCAUUUUGCCCUACACCACAGUUCCAGGCGCACUUGAAUUACGCUUUGAGCCUGUCCCAGUUAUAUACUCUGUGUACAUCCAGAGACUCCCUUGUUUGGUGUAGCUUUAGAGUUUUCACAGCGUUAGACACAGACUGCAGGGCAAAAGCUAGUGAGGUCAAAUAGAAGCUGAACCAAGGAUUAUGAAGGGCACCUGAGGGCUUUAUUUCCUUUCUUUUUUGGGGGGGGAGGGAGGGGAAUUGUUUGGUUGAUGCAGUGAUGAGAUGCUCCCCAAAUCCCUCUUUCCUUCUAGAUUCUUCCGCCUGCUCAAGGUGUCCCGAAGACCAGUGGCCUGGUGUGGGGCAGACACAAUGUGUACCCAAAAGGGAGCUUUUUCUCCAUUUCCACGAGCCUCUGGGAGCCGGUCUGGCCAGUGCCUCCAUCUGCGGCUCCCUCUUGCCCGUCUUGAUCCUCAGCCUCUUCGUCACUCACCGGGCGACCCCUCUGGUACGAGCCAACAGCCGAGAGCUCAGCUACCUCCUGCUCUCAGGGCUGGCACUCAGUUUCCUCUGCUGCCUGCCCUUCCUUGGGCGGCCGACGCCUCGCUCCUGCUUGUGGCGCCAGGCUGCCUUUGGGCUGACCUUUGCCCUCUGCCUCUCCUGCAUCCUGGCCAAGACGGCGAUGGUGGUGGCAGCCUUCCGGGCCACCAGCCCUGGCAACCCCGCAAAACUGUGGCUCGGGUCCAGGACGCCCCGUGCCGUGGUCCUGCUUGGUUGCCUGCCCCAGCUUCUGCUGUGCGCCUCGUGGCUGGCCAACUCCCCUCCCACCCCCGGGAGAGAUUUUCACUCCAUCCCUCACGCCAUAUCCUUCUUCUGCGAUGAAGGCUCCCCCAGUGCAUUCUGGGGCAUGCUGGCUUACCUGAGCGUGCUGGCGGCACUCAGCUUGGCUGGGGCCUUCCUGGCACGGAAUCUCCCCGACGCCUUCAACGAGGCCUGGCUCAUCUGUUUCAGCUUGUUGGGGUGCCUUGGGGUGUGGCUGGCCUUCAUCCCUGCUUACCUCACCUCCAGAGCAUGGUACACAGCAGCCACAGAGGCCUUCGCCAUCCUAGCCUCCAGCUCAGCCUUGCUUUGCGGGAUGUUUUUCCCCAAGUGCUACAUCUUGUUGUGGCACCCUGAGCUGAACACCAGGAGGUUCCUCAUGAGAAGGGAAACGCACGCCAGCGCUUAACGUGACCUUAAGCGCAAGCGGGAAAAGACUCUAGGGAUGUUGAGUUUUGCCUGCGGAUGUUUCUCCCUCAUUCUCAAGAUUCACCUGCUGGUAUCUGAAGAGGUCGGUCAAACAAAUCCGGCUCGGGCAGACACAAGCCAGAUGCAUCAAACACUCAGUUUUCCCAUUCUGGAAAAUGGGGGUAGAAGUGAUCUUGUUCACGGUGUUACUGCAAGGAUGAAGCUCACAGCAAAUCGAAAAAAAAGACGCAUCAAAGAUGAGCUGUGGGAGACAUCCCCAGAAAUUGACAUUUAAUAUUUAAUAUUUUCAUUUGGGGAGAUGGGGUUGGAGCAUGGGUAGGCAAACUAAGGCCCAGGGGCCGAAUCCGGCCCGUGGAUGAUCCGGGAAUCAGCGUGUUUUUACAUGAGUAGAAUGUGUACUUUUAUUUAAAAUGCAUCUCUGGGUUAUUUGUGGGGCCUGCCUGGUGUUUUUUAAAUGGGUAGAAUGUGUACUUUUAUUUAAAAUGCGUCUCUGAAUUUAUUUGUGGGGCAUAGGAAUUUGUUCAUUUUUUCCCCUUCAAAAUAUAGUCUGGCCCCUCACAAGGUCUGAGGGACAGUGGACCUGCCCCCUGCUGGAAAAGGUUGCUGACCCCUGGGUUGGAGGGAGCUCAAACUUGCCAUAAACGUUUUUAGAAUUCAAAGCCUACCUUGCUCCCUUAUAAAUGGGCUCAUGUCUAGAUUGCCUUUAGGGACUGGGGAACAGGACAUCACUGUGGUCUACCCCAUCUGUGAGACAUAUUUCGCUAGUUCUGUCCUCUGGCACCUAAAUGCCUGUCUUUUGCAACAGGUACAAAUAUUUAUUUUUUGUGUUUUAACAUUUUGUAUUGUUUGAUCAUUACUGUUGGGAUUAUCAAGUUUUUGGGGAG